GUAUGAGAGGCAAACCCGCAGGAAGUAGCUUCCAGAAUCACCAACACAGGAACAACACAGUAAACAGAGACAUUUCUUCAGUUUUGGGGCGGAUUUCUCCAUAAGUAUGAAAUGAAACAGUCCGGUCGGCGUCUCGCUCAGACGGUGUGGCGGCUCUGUCAUGUUUUCAGCCGCUGUUACAGCCUUGAAUGAAGGCAGGCAUCCAUGUCCCACCAUGGAGAGGAGAAAAUAACCCCCAAAAGAAGGAAAAGAAGACGCUGCAUCGCUGAGGAAUCUUCAUCCUCUCACUCCGACUGAGGGUCUGCACAUCCGGACAGAAGAAGAGGGACGAGGGGCUGGUGCUCAGAAUGGCUUUCCUGGACAACCCGGCCAUUAUCCUGGCCCACAUCCGGCAGUCGCACGUUACCAGCGACGACACCGGGAUGUGUGAGAUGGUACUGAUCGACCACGAUGUGGAUCUGGAGAAGUGUCAUUUGUCUGCGGCGUCCGCUGGCGGAGGCUCGUCUGGGGGUUCGUAUGGAGAUAGCAGUGGUGGAGGAGUAGACGGACAGACCUGCGAUCUCUCUCAGUCGGUCGACAUCACCUCGAGCUGGGACUUCGGCAUCCGGCGGCGCUCCAACACAGCUCAAAGACUGGAGCGACUGAGGAAAGAACGACAGAACCAGAUCAAAUGCAAAAACAUCCAGUGGAAAGAGAGAAGCUCGUCUCAAUCAGCAGACGAUUUGAGUUCGCUUUUUGAAAAGAAAGACUUUAAAGACAGGCCUCGGAGCACGGGCAGUAAAUCCACACUCUCACUGCGGCUGGAACAGUGUCCUCAACAGCUCAACAACCCCUUCAACGAGUACUCCAAAUUUGAUGGCAAGGGCCAUGUUGGUACAACGGCAACCAAAAAAAUUGACGUCUACCUCUCAAUGCAGUCGACCCAAGAAAAGCUUCACCCCAUGACAGUGGUCACCAUGGCUAAUGCGCGGGUCCACGAUCUUAUCGGGCUGAUCUGCUGGCAGUACACCUGUGAAGGCCGUGAACCCAAGCUCACUGAAAAUGUCAACACCUACUGUCUUCACAUCGCUGAGGAUGACGGGGAAGUGGACACAGAUUUUCCUCCGCUCGACUCCAAUGAGCCCAUACACAAGUUUGGCUUCAGCACGCUGGCGCUGGUGGAGAAGUACUCGUCUCCUGGACUCGGACCCAAACAGUCGCUCUUUGUUCGAAUAAACGCAGCUCAUGGUUUCUCCUUGAUCCCGGUGGACAGUCUGAAAGUGACCAUGAAGGAUAUCCUGCAGAAAGCCCUCAAGAAGAGGAAGGGCUCCCAGAAAGGAUCAGGCCCCUUGUACCGACUGGAGAAGCAAAUGGAGCCGAAUGUGGCGGUGGAUCUGGACAGUUCGCUGGAGAACCAGGGAACGCUGGAGUUCUGCUUGGUCCGAGAAAACAGCUCUCGAGGCGAGGAGAGCUCAGAGGAGGAUCCACCUAUAGACAUCACUACUGUGCAGGACAUGUUGAGCAGUCACCACUACAAGUCCUUCAAGAUCAGCAUGAUCCACAAGCUCCGCUUCACCACAGACGUGCAGCUAGGAAUUUCUGGAGAAAAGGUGGAGAUCGACCCUGUGACCAACCAGAAAACAAGUACCAAGUUCUGGAUCCGCCAGAAGCCCAUUUCCAUCGACUCGGACCUGCUGUGUGCCUGCGACCUGGUGGAGGAGAAGAGUCCAAAUCAUGCAAUAUUUAAACUCACAUAUCUCAGCAACCACGACUACAAAGCUCUGUACUUCGAGUGUGACGCUGCUACCGUCAAUGAGAUUGUGCUCAAGGUGAACUACAUCCUGGAGUCUCGUGCCAGCACAUCGAGAGCGGAUUAUUUUGCCCAGAAACAGCGCAAACUGAGCCGCCGCACGAGCUUUAGUUUCCAGAAGGACAAAAAGUCAGGCCAGUAAAGCUGGAGGAUGAAACCGUUCAGCCAACUCUAGACCAAGAGAAAGAGACGGGCCUGUGUGAGGAACAGAGGAACAUCAAAAAGGUAAAAACCUAAGAAAGAGGAGAACGCCGUGGUCUUGUUCCAGAUGGAGAAAAUCAGCCUUUCCGAGAGCUGAUGGUCCGUAAUCAUAUCAGAGCACUAAAGCUCCACGCUGUCACUCGAAUGUACUCGCAAAACCAACCAACAAUCUGACUGAACAUUUAGAUAUUAGCCAUCGCCCAGACCAGACCAAACCAUCAGCUGGACUCUGGAUGCCAAGGGCCGAGAACUUGCUGCUGUUUUGCGUCAGUUUUCAAAGACUUCCUUCUUCCACUGCCUACAAAUGAACUGUACAUAAACGCGCACCAAAACCAACGCAGUCGGAAACUUCGAAAAGCCAGAAUGAGCAAGCGAAACCGUAUUAGCCGUUCCCGUAUGUUUCAGAGAUGUUAAGCGGCAGCACUUUACUUGAAGGGGUGUUCGUAAGGAAGUCACGACAGCUUUAUGAUCAUGACGUGACUCUAUUUUGCUUUGCAUGCUUAUGACUACAGCCUUUAAGUGUCAUUCGCGCAGUUAUGUCAUUUUAAAUCCAAAGCUGGUGUUAUUUGAGAUGCCUUUAAAUGAAUACAUCAUACCUGUCUUUAUCACGACAGCUUGACAUUAUUAUCAAGACUAUAUAACUUGUUAUAAAUCUGUCAUAAACAUGAUAGUUGUCCGACAGCUGUCUUUAAAUGUCAUUCGCUCAGUUAUGUCUUUUUAUGCAUGAGUUACAUUGUUUGAGAUGCCUUCGUUAUGACAACUUCACAUAAGCGAAUACAUUAUAACCUGUCUUUGUUGCGACAACUUGACAUUAUGAACACAAUAUAACUUGCAUGCUUAUGACAACUGUCUUUAAGUGUCGUUUGGACAGUUGUCAUUUUAAAUCCAAAGCUGAUAUUAUUUGAGAUGCCUUCGGUAUGACACCUUGACAAACUAAUACAUCAUAACCUGGCUUUGUCUUUGUUGCGACAACUUGACAUUAUCAAGACAAUUGAAUUUUUUGUUUGCAUGCUUAUGACAACUGUCGUUAAGUGUCAUUUGCACAGUUAUGUCAUGUUAAAUGCAAAGGUGACAGUGUUUGAGAUGCCUUCGUUAUGACAACUUGACAUAAACAAAUACAUUAUAACCUGUCUUUGUUACAACAACUUGACAUUAUCAAGAAUAUUUAACAUUUUGUUUCCAUGCUAAUGACAACUGUCGUUAAGAGUCAUUUGCACAGUUAAGUCAUGUUAAAUGCGAAGGUGACAUUGUUUGAGAUGCCUUCGUUAUGACAUCUUGACAUAAACUUAUACAUCAUAACCUGGCUUUGUCUUUGUCGUGACAACGUGACUUUAUCAGGACAAUAUAACUUUUGUUUGCAUGCUUAUAAUAUAACUAGUCUGUCGUGACAAAUUGACAUCAAUAUAACUUGUCAUAAAUCUGUCAUAAACAUGAUCAUCAUGAGGCCAUUACAAUUGUGUCUUAAAUGUUAUAACUGCGUCAUUAAUAUUUCUCUUGACCUCUUAAACUACAGUUGUACGAAUUGAAUUGGUCAUUAAAAUGUCGUUAAAUAUUUAUGAUGCUUUUGUUAAAUUAUUCCACAGAGUAAUGACACUUUCACAGAACAGCUCCAAUGACAAAAGCCAUCAAAAAAAUAUUCAUGAUGCAACCAUAAUGGACUAUCAUGUUUAUGACAGAUUCAUGACAAGUUAUUUUGUCUUGAUAAUGUCAAGUUGUUAUGACAAAGACAAAGUUAUAACACAUUAGCUUAUGUCAAGCUGUCAUAACGAAGGUAUCUCAAAAAUGUAAUAUGACAUGACUGUGCAAAUGACACUUAAAGACAGCUGACAUUUUAAAUGACAUAAGCUAACAAACUAAAACAUCAUAACCUGCCUGUGUCAUGACAACUUGGCAUUAUCAAGACAAAAUAACUUGUCAUAAAUCUGUCAUAAACAUGAUAGUCCAUUAUGAUUGCAUCAUGAUGCAUUUUUGAUCGCUUUUGUCAUUAAAAAUGUUCUGUAAGAGUGUCAAUAGAGUCGAAUGAUUUUUCAGCCUUUCCGAGAGCUGAUGGUCCGUAAUCAUAUCAGAGCACUAAAGCUCCACGCUGUCACUCGAAUGUACUCGCAAAACCAACCAACAAUCUGACUGAACAUUUAGAUAUUAGCCAAUGACAAAAGCCAUCAAAAAAUAUUCAUGAUGCAACCAUAAUGGACUAUCAUGUUUAUGACAGAUUUAUGACAAGUUAUUUUGUCUUGAUAAUGUCAAGUUGUUAUGACAAAGACAAAGUUAUAACACAUUAGCUUAUGUCAAGCUGUCAUAACGAAGGUAUCUCAAAAAUGUAAUAUGACAUGACUGUGCAAAUGACACUUAAAGACAGCUGACAUUUUAAAUGACAGAAGCUAACAAACUAAAACAUCAUAACCUGCCUGUGUCAUGACAACUUGGCAUUAUCAAGACAAAAUAACUUGUCAUACAUCUGUCAUAAACAUGAUAGUCCAUUAUGAUUGCAUCAUGAUGCAUUUUUGAUCGCUUUUGUCAUUAAAAAUGUUCUGUAAGAGUGUCAAUAGUGUCGAAUGAUUUAAUGAAAGCGUCAUUCAUAUUUAUUGACAUUUUAAAGGCCAAUUUAAUUUGUACAACCAUAGUUCAAGAAGUCAAGAGAAAUGUUACUGACGCUGUUAUAACAUUCAUGACACUAUUAUAAUGGCCUCAUGAUGAUCAUGUUUAUGACAGAUUUAUGACAAAAACAGGUUAUGUAUUUAUGUCAAAUUGUUAUAACAAGGUUUGUAGUUUUCUUUACUAAUGCAAUACAAAUGAAUAAAUAAACGGGGAAAAAUAAAAACAUGAAUCGCAAAAUACGCAAAGCUGCUCAUUUACGAAUAUUGCUUACAGUGCACUAUAAUGAGACAUCCCAAACAAUGUCAUCAUUGCAUUUAAAAUGACAUAACUGAGCUAUUAACACUUAAUGACAGCUGUUAUAAGCAUGCAUCUCAUGUUCUGUCACUUUUCUAAAGGUGUCUUACGAACUCGAGCUUCAAGUAAAGUGUUACUUGUUAAGUCAAACAGACAUCGAUGCAUAAAGGGAUGCUUUUUUUUUUCCUUUUUUUUUUUUUUUUUUAACAAAAACGAUGUAAAUAGCAACUGCAUUCAGGGUUUGAUGACAAACCCUCUUUGGCCAUAGUACUUCAGUGCCUGCUACAGAUCAACUGCAUUUGUGUUACUUUUUUUUUUUAGAUUUUAUUAAGCAUCCGCUGAUUCAGUCAGGUCAAAAAUGCCUGCAAACUUUUUACCAACCGAGGAAGCCGCUAGGUUUAGGAAUGACCGAUUUUUAACGAUCAAAUACAAAAUGAAUAACUACUUCUUUGGACUGUGACUGUGUUUCUCCCUUCUUUUAAUUGCAUAUAUUAUAAUAACGAACCAAUCGGCGGCUAGAUGGCGGCUUUGGCUCCUCUGACUGUCUGCAAUGGGAAUGUAUGACGUUUUUGCCACGUUUCUUGGUAAAUGUUUCAGAAAACAUUUUAAAAAUAGGUUCAUUUCAUCUGCAAGGAAUGGCUCCAUCUCCCCACCAAAUCUGCCGUUUCAGCCUGUUUCUGUCUUUGUGUAACUCCACUCCAACCGCUGCUGUUGUUCAACUGGAUUCAGGGUGUUCGUUCUAUCCAAAACUGUUCUGACUCAGGUUUCCGACUGCCAUGUUGUCUUGACUGAUCCUGUUUCAUUUUGUUUUUUUUCUGUGUGUCUGUCAAAGCCGGAGAGCAAUGACUGACGCUCAGUUGGACAAAGACAGCAUGUGUUCCUGUGACGGGGAUUACAGCUGAAUAGACAUUUCAAAUAAGAAACUUUAUUUAUAAUAUUACAAUGACCUGGGGGGGGGUUAUCAUGCGGCCUAUGGAAUCAACAAUAUUUGCUACAGUACAUCUAUACUGUAUAUAUGUAGAUUUUCUAAUUAAAGACUGAACUACA